AUGGCAUUAGAGCCGAAAGAGAAUUCAGACUUGCUUAAAGCAAGGAAUAAAGUUACGACCAAUGGUAAUUUAAAAAAUGAAGACUACAAAGAUCCUCCGGAUGGCGGUGUACGGGCCUACUCGGUCAUGGUUGCAUCGUUCCUUACAAAUGGCCUUUUUUUCGGCGUAAUUAAUUCAUACAGUGUGAUAUACACGGUCCUUGAAAAACAUUUAAAAGAUGAAGGAAUCUCUAACUCAGAAAGUCGCGCUGCUCUGGUGGGCGCUCUUACCAUGGGCACUACGUUUUUCCUCUCGCCCCUGUCUGGCGUAUUGACUGGCGUGUUAGGUAUCCGUUUAACCGCAGUGUUGGGUGGCACAAUUGCAACAGCUGCAAUGCUUUUGUCUUCCUUUUUCGUAUACAAUGUAGGAGUCCUCUAUUUCACCUAUGGUAUAAUGUAUGGAUUAGGCGCAUCGUUUGCCUACACUCCCUCUUUGGCUAUCCUUGGGCAUUACUUCAAAAAGCAUUUAGGUUUAGUAAAUGGAGUUGUAACUGUAGGUAGUUCUAUUUUUACUGUGAUUAUGCCACCCCUAAUGGAAUAUAUGAUAAAGCACCAUGGAUUAGAUUGGUUGCUUAGACUCUUAGCUGUCUUUACAUUGGGCACGGCAGUAUGUGGUUUUAUUUUCAAACCAACUCCAUCGAUGGUUACGAAAACGUCAAGGGAAGACGAUAGCUUGAAAUCUUUAUUAAAAUCAAUUGUAAACAUUCAAAUCUGGAAGAAUAAGAAGUAUAGAUUUUGGGCUCUAUCCAUGCCUGUCGCACUAUUUGGGUAUUUUGUUCCAUACGUGCAUAUCAAAAAGUUUAUCGAGAACAACUUCGACAAUGUCAAUACCAAUCUACCUUUGCAAUGUAUUGCUGUUACAUCAGGUCUGGGAAGAUUAAUAUUUGGCUUCUUAGCUGACAAACCCGGUGUUGACCGAAUCUUGUUACAGCAAAUCUCAUUCUACGUCAUUGGGGUGUUAACGAUUAUUUUGCCAUUUGUUAACAAGUUCGGCAUAUUGGUAGCGAUUGCUUUAGGUAUGGGAAUAUUCGAUGGCGCAUUCAUUGCGUUAAUCGGACCCAUAGCAUUUGAAUUGUGCGGUGGUGCUUACGCGGCGCAAGCAAUAGGUUGCAUGUUAGGACUUGCUGCUGCCCCCUUAUCAGUCGGACCGCCCAUAGCUGGCUAUCUUUACAGUAUCAAUAAAUCAUACACUUUGCCAUUCGUCCUCGCUGGUAUAUCGCCUCUGGUCGGCGCAACUUUAAUGUUUGCUAUUCGUUUGCAACGAGUUCCUUUAAACGAAGAAUCAAUUAAUACAAAUGGUAUCUCUGUUCGUCCAGUUUCUGUACAUAUAGAAAAAUCACCAAGCCUGUUACUUAGUAAUGGAGAUGCAAACCAACAGACGAAUUUAUAA